AUGUUCUCGCCAGAGGCAUCAAGCCAGAGCGCACGUAGCUCGCUGCGCAAUCCCCGGCGACGGCCGCGCAAAGACUCGGACGGCCUCCAGCAGCAUCCCCGACGCAACAAGCGCAGCAAACUCAAUGACGAAAGCUUUCAGGCUCCAGCCGACGCGCACGUCAACGGCAAUGGCAGCGCAUCAAUGAAUGGUUAUGCUGUUCAGAGCAGUGUCGAGAACUCAGUUGUGCUUGUCGACAUGCCCGUCCGCGAGAAGAAGGCACAACCGAAGCGCGCUCCCAAAGAAGAUCAAGGCCUAUAUCUGACCAAGAACGCGAACUACAGUGUCAAGAAGCUUCCAGGGUUUCCGACAGCGCUCCUCCGCCCGUCUACUUCAUUCCAUGCGACCGCCCUUUCAUCCGCCGGCCUCGCGCUUGCCCUGACCUUUGACCGCGCUCUCGUGUGGGAUUACAGCGCCGCGAACGGUCCUACCAAAGUCGUCUCCUUACCCCUACGAGCGUCCGAUCUUCUACCUCUAGGCGCUAUCGUUCGCAAUGGACCCACCAACGACUUUGGUGUCGUCGCAGUCGCGCCCUCCACGGGCAAGAUUACUUUCUGGGAGAACAUCGACAACGCCGACACCCAAAACUUGUACCCACAACGCCAACAGGGAGUGGAUGGGGUUGUGAAGUUAUACUCUGGAGAAACCAUAACCGAUCUUGUGGACGCUGAGCAUGCGGGCUAUGUUCUAGUCUUGAGCAGCGGUAGACUUGCCCAGCUGACCCUUCGGGACUCACAGGGUCGGCCAAGCAUCACUACGACAAUUUUGAGCGCUCCCAAUGGCUCCGGCGGUAGCUUCUUUAGCCUCAAAGGGCUUCUUGGAGGCGCGAUUCGAAAGACCGUCGCCUCGGUCAAGGCUCGCCCUUCCGCGUCCAAGGGUCAUAUGGAAGUCAUCUCAGCAACGCGAACCGGGUUAUUCCAGAUUUGGGACUUGAACUGGUCUGGGCAACAUCGUCACGAGCGCGACGUCAACGUGCAUGCCGAGAUACUUUCAGCAGUACAGGCAAACAUUGCUCCCGAGGUCCGCAGCCAACAAGAUCUUCAGGUGUUGGACUUUGCGAUAAUGGAGCAGCAGCCCACACAAGAAGCUGUCAAUCUUCUCGUCCUAGUGGCGUUAUCUGGAAGAGGAUCGCUCGAUUACUCUCUCCUGGAGGUGGAUUUAUUUCAGACAGGCGGCGCAAUCAGCAGGGCGAUACCGAUCCGUAAUUUCCACCAGCUUCAACUACCGAAAGAGCCCACGGGCACUCUCCUACUUCCGCAACCUGGGCACACAGCAUACGUCCAGUUUCCGGGAGCCAUAUUCGUCGCAUCUCUUGCGCAGCCGGAAGAAAGCCCCGAGGUUCAGUUGCUCGCAGAUUCUGGACGAUCCACAUUACCCUUCCAGGAUACUAUCUACUUCCGCGACGAUCUCAAUGUCACUCUCUCUGGCCAUGCCCUGGAGCUACCAAAUCGAAAAGAUGGACGAGCUACCGCUCUCAUUUUCGUUCAAGAGUUUGGACUGUUGCAAGUCAUUGCACGAACGCCUGUGACGACCGACGAAGACAAGGAGCGACUACAGGUUACCGCUCGCAGUAAGCUUGAACAGGCUACAUUCUUCAGCACCAUUCCCGGAAACAUUCUGGAUUUUUCUGUCCGAUCACGCUUUUCAUUCCCGGAAGAUGAAACCGCACAAGCUGCACUAGACAUCAGCUCUGGCAUUCUCAGCUCGUCAUACAACAAUCUAGAGAAGGUUACCUCAUCCAUGGAUGAUCAAUUCCGGAAGCGCGCCUUUGCACUCCACACCUUGAUCUCCCAAAUUCGAUCCGAAUAUCCAGCCCUAUCCUACCAAACAAAGUGGCGGCUAUUAUCGCACGCAGAAAAGCUUGCGGCUGCGCACAAACUAUGGAACUGGUACCAGGACAAGCUACAAGAUCAACAAGCCCAUCCUGAUGCGUAUCCGGAAAAGAUACUGAUGAGUGAUAUCAUCCGGGCUUUGAAUGAGCGGUACAAGACUGCCAUACAACCUGAGCUUGGUGAGACAGACACCAUUCGGCAGUUCUUCCUCAAGGAUGUUGAUUCGCUCAACAUGCUUAUCCCCUGGGGCUGGUUCUACUUGCGAACUUUUUAUAUGAAGGAAGGAGCCAAAGAACAGCCGUCAAUAAUGCAGAGGCUAAGUGAAGGGACCGAUGUCAUGCUUGUCACUUUAGAGUCGGCAUUCGAGUUCCGCGAAGCCAAUAUCGAGUCAUAUGGGCUUGACUCAGAGUCGCUCGAUGACAGCAUUCUCAAGCCUGCACAUGGUUACGAUAUGCUGCCGCACUUCUGGACGUCCUCUCAUAACAUUGUUAGCUCAAUUCGUAGUCUUGUUGAUGUGGGACGAAACCUUGCAGUAGAGAACUACGAGGAGGGAUAUCAGGAAGUCUUGGCCCAGAAGAUUGGCAAGGACAACUCCCGCCUGGUCAAGAUAGGCUGCCAGACUCACAUUGAACGAUUUCAAUGGGCUCUCGCUCAGAGUGACGAGAAGACAAGAGAUAUGGGUCGCAGCUUGAAGGACGAGUGGAACACUAACGUUCGACCAGCGCACAUUCUCGGACUCAUGGAGAUUGGGCUAGCCACCGAUGGCAUGAAACUUGCGGAGCAGUAUCGAGAUAUGCCAACGCUCGUCAACUUGAUCUGGGAAGAGUCGAAUUGGCUCGAGUCUGAAAAGGCAAGCACCCGUAGUAAGAUGGAGCAGGCCGAGAGCACUGUCAAGCUUAAUCGGAUCAAGGAGCGCAUCAGCCGGUACUUUGAAAUCUAUGGAGACGAAUGGGCUGGAGCUUUCUACUCGAAAUACAUCAAGGAAAACCAGGCAGCACAGCUCUUCGUGAAGGAGUAUCUCAACCAGCCAGCGCUAACGAAAUUUCUCCGGGCAGACCCAUCUCGCGCCAGGUUGAGGUGGAUCAACGAAAUCUGUGGCGAAAAGAACUACGAAGGCGCCGCAGCGUCCUUGUACGAGGCCGGCUCCAAACAAGAGACCAAUGCCUGGUGCCAACGUGUCGAGCUUUCCAUGGCCAAACUUGCAAUGCUCUGCAAAAAGGAAGCGAAAGGUGGCGAGGAUGCGCAGCCGACGACUGAAGGGCGCAAAGAGAAGACGAGAGCAGAGAAGGUCCGUGAACAGCAAUUUCAGAGCAUCGAGCACCAACUGGAGUACACGAAAAUCCAAGAAGAAAUCUACGACCGCCUAGUUCCUAUCAUCACAGGGGCUCUCGACGAUGAAUCUGCAGUUGAGCUACUCAUGACGGAGUUUGGGCAAGGCCGUCUCAAAGAUCGGCCUGCGCAUCAAUCCAUCCUCAAGGAGGGGUUUGAAAACCUGAUCCAUCACCGAGUGGUUGACCCAGCGCUAAUGGUUGACAUUCUUACUCUGAUGAAUACGGAUGAGAACGAGGAGAUUACGACGCUGUUACAGACCAACGAGUUCAACUUUGCUCUGAGGGUUCUCAUCAUCAACUGGCAUAACAUCCACCGCACUACACGCGAUGGUCUGCUUAAGCUUGUCUGGAAGCGACUAUGCAUCAAGGAUAACUGGGCGAUGAUUAACAACACCAAAGACAUCUCGGAUGCCAAGCUAAACGACUUUCUACUCUCUACGGCUGUGGGAUGGACGUUCCGGGGUCUCUGCAAGAUGAUUGCUGAAGACCCAUUCUCCAAGGUUGCGUGGCCUAAGAAACUGGCCGAUCUCGUAGGCGCUGGUGGUACACACGGAGAGCUCUGUGUUCGGUUCGGGUCUGAAGACCUUCGCGAGCCAAUCAUCAAGGACAACCUUCUCGACGACGAUAUUCUGCGCGAAGACCUCGAGAAGAACCGGCUUGAUGCGUGGUUCACGGCAGCCUGCCGAGCAGGCAAGAAGUCGUACGAAGCGAGCACGAGGCAGGGGAAGCCGCAACACAGUGCUGGCGUGGCAAAUGCUGAUGGUUCGGCUCUUCCAACCAACGGCAGUAGUAAUGAGGGUGCAGCAGAUGAGGCAGAUGUGGAGAUUGCGGCCGAAGCUGCUGGUUCAGACACGUUCGAAGGUGAUGUGGAGAGUAUCGCGGACCAGGACCAGGAUGUAGACAUUGAGAUGCAGGACUCGUGA